UUAGUAAACUCUUAUAGUUUGGUGGCAUGACAUGAAAACUGCUUAACACCUGACACUUCACGCCUUUUCACACAUAAGUGGUUGAUGGAGCACUCAAGUCCGAAUAAGGCCUCAGCAAACGACGAAUGCAUCAAAAUCAAGCAGAAGAACUAAGAGUGAGGUUCUUUGUGACAUAAACUGAUCCAUCAUUGCAUUCCAACUGCAUUAACAGCUGAGGAAAAGAAUGGAUUAUUCCAAGUUUGCUCUUCUGGUUGUUAUUCUCUCCUACAUUGAAGAGUGCUGGUCUUCCUCCUGCGUGGUGGACAGCUUCACAGUAAAACAGGACUUUGACCCAAAGAGGUACGCUGGCAAAUGGUAUGCCCUGCAAAAGAAAGACCCAGAGGGCCUGUUCCUCCAGGACAACAUCUCUGCUGAGUACACAGUAGAUGACGAGGGUGUCAUGACUGCGUCUUCCAAGGGAAGGGUCAAACUUUUUGGGUUCUGGGUUGUUUGUGCUGACAUGGCUGCUCAGUACACUGUGCCUGACCCUUCCACCCCUGGAAAAAUGUUCAUGAACUACCAGGGACUUGCCAGUUACCUUUCCAGCGGGGGUGACAACUACUGGAUUAUCGAUACUGACUAUGACAACUAUGCCAUUACCUAUGCUUGCCGCUCCCUGAAAGACGAUGGCACCUGUGACGACGGUUAUUCUCUGAUCUUCUCCCGCAACCCCCGUGGACUCCCGCCUGCCAUCCAGCGCAUUGUCCGUCAGAAGCAGGCAGAGAUCUGCAUGGCUGGCCAGUUCCAGCCCGUGCUCCAGUCAGGGGCUUGCUAAGGAAUAAGCAUGACCACUUUCUAAGGAAGGAUCCCUUAAGCAUGCUGAUGUGAGAAGUGGCAUCAACAGUGGGGAGACAGAAAUGGCAUAGUGAUGCUUAGGGAGAUAUAUUGUGCAUUUAUAUUUUCUGGGUAAGACCAAUACUGGUUUUCAGUGUUAACCAAUGUUUGUGACAAUAAAAAUAUUGUUUUUUAAA